GAAAAAUAUCUCCCUGACCUGACAAAUAUCCGGAUUCCAUCCUCCAUCUUCUUCAUCUCUCUCUCUCUCUCUCUCGAUCUCAACCACUGAAACCCUAACAAUGUCUUCCUCCUCUUCACUCCUCGUCAACAUCGCCCCACCUUCCUCCCUUAAGCCCGGGAACAAGCUGCAUUCCCUCACGAAGAGGCGGCCAUGCCCACCCCGCCACACCACCUCGUCUUCCAUUCGAUGCGCCUCCAAACCCUCCUCUCCUUCUUCCUUCGCAUCCACCGCCGGGUACGACCUCUACGAUCUUCUCGGCAUUGAUUCCACCGCCGAUCAAUCCCAGAUAAAGCGCGCCUAUAGAUCUCUACAGAAGCGGUGCCAUCCGGACAUUGCUGGCCCCGCCGGCCACGACAUGGCCAUCGUGCUCAACGAGAUCUACUCCCUCCUCUCCGAUCCCAUCUCUCGCUUCGCUUACGAUCAGGAGCAAUCGAAGCUGCUGGAGUUCCGAGGGUUCACCGGCAGUCCGAUGUACUCUUCGUGGUUUGGAUCGGAGAGUGAAGAGCGAGCGGUGUUUGUCGAUGAAGUGAAGUGCGUUGGAUGCUUGAAGUGUGCGCUGUCUGCAAGGAAAACGUUCGCCAUUGAAGCUGCUUACGGGCGAGCUCGAGUGGUCUCGCAGUGGGGUGAUCCAGAGGAGAAGAUUCUCGAAGCUAUCCAGACGUGCCCAGUGGAUUGCAUCUCGAUGGUUGAAAGAUCAGACCUUGCAGUGCUUGAGUUUCUCAUGUCUAAGCAGCCAAGAGGGCCAGUAAGGCUGACAGCUGGUAAUUCGGUAGGAGCUUCUGUCUCCAAUAUCUUUGUGGAUAUGAAAAAGUUUCAGAAGAGGUUCAAUGAAAUGAAUGAAAAAGCUUCAAAAGAGUCUCAGUUUGCAGAAAGUCAGAGAAAAUCCAGAGAUUCAGCUGCACAAGGGAUCAGAUCAAUCUUGAACUUUCGGUAUUGGCAUUCACCCUCCACAACAGCGACACCCGCAAAUAACAAUGCCUCUCUAAGUCUGACAAUCAGUUCAAUAAAAACCUCACAGCCAAACACUGAGAAAUUAAGAGAGUUUGCAGCAAAGCAAAAAGCAGGAGAAGCUCCAACAAUGAAUUUCAGACAUGAUGAAGAAUACUGGACCCCAACUCUAGUGCUUCCACCAUCACCAACAAGUUUCAAACACAGUAAAAUCUCUGAACCCCUCACUAAACAAAGUGCAGGAAAAUGAACAGGAAAAGUAGUUGCAAUCCCGGAAAGACGAAGAAGUCCAGUGAAUCUAAUUGUUCCAACCAUCAUGGCAGCAUUGGCAGAGGUCAAAGUAGGAUUUGAGCAGGGAGAAAUAGCAAAACAUGCAGGUCUAAAGGAACAUGUUGGUGGUAACUUGGCUUUGGAAGUUGUCAACAGCUUUGAGCUACAGAUUCUAUUGGCAGGUAUUACUUGGUUUGUUAUAGGAAUGGCUAUUAUGGGAUUGACUGAAGUUCUCAGAAACAAGGAAGAGUUUAGAAGAUAAAAGAAGAAAAAGAAAAACAACUACA